AUGUUAUCAUCCUGCACUUCUGCCAACGACAAUCCACAAUCUGAUCCAUCUGUACAUGCUCAACCUCACUGCAUGCUCUUGUUUUUGGGUGUUCCAGAAGGCACUGAGCUGGGCAUCGACUAUAACGUUUGGGAAACUGGUCCUCGGUUUAAAGGCUUGAGUGGGGUGCCUUGUGGUAUGCACUUUAUCUAUUACUCUACUGGCACCUUCCGUUCUGGCUUCUUUCUAAAUAUCAUCACUGAUGAUCAGAUUCAUGUCUGGCAUUGGUGUCCAAAAACUGAAACUUUGGUCUUGGAGUUGGAUCUGGAACAGUUGCAACGAUUCAAACAUAAUAUACAUGAAUUUUUACCCCACAUGGGUCCAUAUCCAGUUACAAGCUCAAAUAAAUCUACGGACCAUCUCCAGCAAGAACGUCAAAGUGGUUCGUUACGGAAAUGGCUCAGAUUGUCUUCUUAUAUUUCUCAACAACUAGUCGCUCGAACUCUUCCCGACAAUGGUUAUGUCAGUGCCAUGACUAGCACUUCCUACUUUUCUGACAUCCCCUUGACUACAUCUAGCACAAACCUUGAAUCAGUCGAUGCUAACAAACACGACACCCAUGCAUCGGAUCCGUCAAGCUCAACAUCUCCAACAAAAAUGACGGAUCAAUCUCUUGAUUCGAGUGAAAGUGAUCAUCGCAUUCAUUUUGUGCCCAUCACUUUGAAACACUCUUUUCCUCCUGGCUCUACUGGUACCCAAGUCACUAAAUACAGUUUGGAUAAAUCGUAUUUAUUGGAAACUCUAAUCAAAAACAACUACUUGAAUGACCAUACUCUACUGCUAGGAGAGUUUCAACUUGCGUUUGUCAUUUUUCUUCUUGGCCAAGUCUAUGAUGGAUUCGAUCAAUGGAAAGCUCUUGUACAACUGGUGUGCUUAAGUUGCGAGUCUAUUGCUACUCGUCCAGAUUUUUUUGUAAAAUUCAUAGAUUUGCUGAGAAUUCAGCUUGAAGAAUGUCCUCAAGAUUUCUUUUACGAUGCGCUGGCCUCGGGUAGUUUUUUACAUGUGGCUAUUAAAGCGAUUGUAUCAACCUGCCGUGAUCCUGAUGUCGUUGUCCCACCUACUGUAUCUCGUUGUGUUUCCGAGUUGUCUGACUUUAUGAAAACUCGCUUUAACUGGGACGUAUCUGAACAUGCAGAUCAAGAUGGAGAGUAUGAUGCCACUAUGGAUGACGAGUAUGAACCUGUGAUGGUCGAGUGA